CCAAAGACAAUAUUUUGCUUUUUAAAACAGUUCCUCUCCCCAUAAAUAUGAUUAAGCCACCCUAAGUCAAUAUUUUUGUUUUUUAAAACAGUUCUGCAGCAGGGACAGGCAUAGAAAGUAGGAUCGAGCUCAAUGGUUCAGUUGGGGAGUUGUUGAUUAACGCAGCAAAAGGAAAUUGAUUCACCUGAGUUUCUUGUAUCAUUCGAACUCAAUUAACAACACAAAGAGAAACUGAACAGGUGUUGUAGCAAAAAUGAGGUUGAAGAGAGUGAGAGAGUUAACCAGCAAGCUCCUUGGAAACAUUAGCGAUAAAGAUGCAGGAUUGCUUAGAGCACAUGAGGAGGAUUGCAAGCAUGAUGAAGACAUGCAAUCCUUUGACACCAACCUCAAAGCACGUACGACAGAAGUGAUCAGCAGCCUUGCGAGUAGCGGAGCUAUUUCAACGGAAUACUUGAAAGAUGUCGUACAUUAUGUGAGGGUGUGGAACCAGACGACUGUGGACUCAAUCUUGCAAUUGGAAAAGGAUAUCAGAGGCGAGGGCACGAAAAGGGUCAAGGGCAAGCAGAGUAAGAAAAGCAAGAGGAAAAACAGCAGAUUUCAGAGCGUUGUGGACGAGUACGUAGACAAUAGCAGGGGGAUGCUGGAUUUAUUAUCGGAAUUGAACAAGUUUGUAAACUCAGCUUGCAACAGCCAUUCGUCUAUUGAAACUGUUGUUCAAGAAUACUUUAACAAACAGGAAAACCCGGACGACAGUGGUACUAGUUCAACUACUCAUGACCACUACAAGAGGAUAUCUGAGAAACUGAAGAAUAUCAAGGCCACUGCCCAUAACAGUUAUGCUGAAAGCUUGCUCCAGAAGGUUCAACCUUUGAUCACGAUGCAUCAACAAUUGCUUGAGAAUUUGACAGUCCAGAAAGAGAAGCUUGUCAAGAAACAGCAGACUGCUCGUGCUUGGAGGAAAGCCACGAAUAUGUUAUUCAUAAGUUCUGUGGCUGCGAUGUUACUCUGGUCUGUGGCAGCAGCAGUUUUAGCUUCUCCAAAGACUGUAGCAAUAGCAGCAGCUAUUGCUGCUAGUACUGGGGCGUUAACGGAAGGACAACAUUGGAUUGUCUCUCGGUUAAAAAAAUGGGAAAAUGAUUUAAAGAAAGAAGAGAAUCGAGUUGACGAAAUGCAUGACAACACUAGACUUGCCCUUACGGAGUUGAACAAUAUUAAUAAGGCUGAGAUUGAUGUACUCUUGGGCCAACCAGACUUUGCAAUUGCUGAGGAACAAAUAAAUGUCACAAUGAAGAAUAUUCAGAAGAAGUUGGAGCCAUUUAAAGAGAAAAUUAAGAGAUUGAGAGGCGAAGUCGACAAGUGCAGCACCGAACUAAUAAAGACAAGGGAUGAAGUUGCAAAGGCUGGAUCAGCUCUGAUAUAAGAUAUAAUAUUUCCUUAUUUGAUUUGAAUUUGAAUUUUGCUUGUAAAAUAUUCUUCCAUGUGAGAAGAAAUAUUCGCAUUGAACUCCUUAUCCACUAAGAUUCGUAAUUGCUAAAUUCAAGUGUGUUUUAUAAAACAUAUAGUGCUCGUUUG